GAUGCUAAGCAAAUAUUCAAUUAGAUCAUUAACUCUAUUACGUUUUCCAAGAUAUAGGUUUAGUUAAUAACAAUAACAACAAAAAGAGUAGUAGGAUGAAUGGGAUGAGAGAACUAUAGAAGCUGAAGAGGCUAAUCCAACUUUGGAGAAUAAAGAGAAAGCAUUUUCAUACUUUAGAUUGUUUUCUAGGAUAUUUUGGUGGACAACAUCAGCAUUGUUUGGAUAUAAUUUAUAUCUUAAUAAUUAUAAAACUGAUCCAACAUAAGAAUUGGGUAAAAUAACAAUUUAUGAGUAGGUUAUUAAAAACAAAUUAAUGAUGCUGCCAAAUAUUGCUAAGAUUAAUAUUAAGCAUUUUAUGAUGUAAAAAUCUUAAAUCUAGCAUUAGUUUAUGACUAAGCCAGCAAUUGAUAAAUUAUUGCCUGAUAUCCCUGAAUUACCAUUUGGAUAUGAAAUACCAAAGACUUUGGUACUUAAUAUCUCAGGUACUCUCUUACAUAUGGAUUAUGUUUUUGGUGUUGGGUAUAUAUUAAAAUAGAAUAUUUAGAGGAGAAAUUAAAAGAAGAAAUGGUUUAUAGAGGUUCCUUGAAAAAUUACCUAAGAUGUAUGAAGUGGUUAUUUUGAGUGAUGAUGAAACCAUGGUAUUAGUAUAAUUAUUAUGCAGUUUACAUAAUAAAUUACUUAAAAAUUGGAUCCUACAAGAUAGAUAUUUGCAGGUGCUUUUGGUAGAGAAUCUAUGGUGUUUGAAAAAGGAAGAUAUAUUAGAGAUUUGAAAUAUAUCAAUCGUCCUCUUAAUAGAGUUAUAGUACUUGAUUCUGAUCCAGAAAGAAUGUAUUAAUAUUAAGACAAUGGUAUUUUCAUAAAACCAUUUGAUGGAAAACAAAAUGAUGAAGUCUUGAAGGAUGUACUUUUACUCUUAGAACGUAACAAAUAUUAUAAUAAAAACAGACCUCUCUAAACCUCAAAUUAAGGAUGUCAGAGCAGAACUUAGAAAGUUUGGAAAUUUUGAUCCUCAAGUUAAAUACUUAGAUGAAGUAAAAGCUAGGGAAAUUAAUAUUAAAUAAACAAUGAACAAAGGGUUGUUUGGAAUAAUGAAUCAAAGAAAAAAUCCUUAAUUUGAACAAUCUAGAAGACUAUGA